GCUGCCAGAGCCUCGUGGGUUGCAGCACUGUGGGACCCUCUCGGGGGGCUGAGCUGUGAGCCCUCGUGACCGCGGACCCGCAGGAGGAUGAGUGAAGCAUGGCACCAACCAGAUUGUGAUGAACUGUGCUGACAUCGACAUCAUUACAGCCUCCUAUGCGCCAGAAGGAGACGAAGAGGUACAUGCCACAGGGUUCAACUAUCAGAAUGAGGAUGAGAAGGUUACCCUCUCCUUUCCCAGUACCCUUCAGAAAGGGACGGGAACGCUGAAGAUAGACUUUGUAGGGGAGCUGAAUGAUAAAAUGAAAGGUUUUUACCGAAGCAAAUACACAACCCCUACUGGAGACACACGCUAUGCUGCUGUCACUCAGUUUGAGGCUACUGAUGCUCGCAGAGCUUUCCCUUGCUGGGAUGAGCCUGCUAUUAAGGCGACUUUUGAUAUUUCAUUGGUGGUUCCUAAAGACAGAGUAGCUUUGUCAAAUAUGGUAAGUUCUCGGUGCACCAACUGUCUUCUGAAUACAACCACGAUAAAGGCAGCUGCCUGAUGGGAAGAGAAAUGUGUUUGGGGGCUUAGGAAUGCAGUCUGUCUUCGUAGCUAUGAGUAAGCAGCUGUAAAUGGAGAGAACUCUUAAAAGAUGGUACUGUUAUUUCAGAUGCUAGCACAAAACCUAAACAGACCUUACAAACCACAGUGGUGCACGUUUGUUUUGUUAGCUGAAGUCUAGCAUAUGUCAUGCCACGUGCUGCUUGAUGGAGAGUGGCUGGGGGGGGGGGG